AUGCUGCUGAAAAUGAUAUACAGAGGACUUAUGAUUGGAAAUAAUAUUAGGAAAAUGCCAGAAUAUAAAUUAGCGUAUUUCGACAUUAGGGGAUUAGGGGAACCUAUAAGGCUUAUAUUGUCUUAUAUGGGAAAAGAAUUUGAAGACAUUCGCAUUUCUCAAGAAGAAUGGCCGCAACUCAAGAAGAAAACACCAUUUGGCAAAGUUCCAUUUUUAGAAAUUGAUGGUAAAGUCAUUCAUCAAACGAUCGCUAUUUUAAGAUAUCUGGCUCCUCAGGCUGGUUUGGCUGGAAAAAAUGCUGAGGAAAAUUUGGAAAUUGAUAUGGUUGUUGGAGCUUACGGAGACCUAGUUGCAGACAUUUCAAGAUACUGGAGAACGGAAAGCCCAAAUGAGAAAGAAAAACUGAGGGAAACCAUUAUUAAUGAGACAAUUCCAUUAUACAUGUCUAAGUUUGAAAAUAUUUUGAAAAAGAAUGGAGGAUAUUUAGCAAAUGGAAAGCUCUCAUGGGCUGAACUGUAUGUUGUGGGCCACAAUUCAUCUAUACCUGGUUUGGUUGGGUAUGACAUAGAUGAGAACUAUCCUUUCUGGAAAGAACUGACUAAAAGAGUUCAUUCUCUUUCUGGAAUUAAAGAAUGGGUCAAAAAUAGACCAGUAACUGUUUUUUAA